AAAUGGCGGAGUCGGUACUAGAAGUUGUCCGAAAGCUGCAGUCUCGGCUCGCUUCGGAGCCAAAGAAGCUGAUGAAGAAUUUGAAGAGACUUUCUGAACUGCCAAUUACAAUUGACAUUCUUAUGGAGACUGGAGUCGGAAAGACGGUGAACGGUUUACGAAAACAUGAACAUGUUGGGGAGUUUGCCAGGAACUUGGUAGCGAGAUGGAAGAAGCUUGUGCCAGUUCCACAGGAAGCAGAGCGGCAUAAUCUCGAAUCUACAGCACAGGGCUAUGACCAAAACAUCUCUAGGAAACGGCAGCGAGACCUUCAUCCCAAAGAGGAUGAAAAGGCCUACUCAGAGACAUAUCAGCCUUCUUGCAGCCAGUCAUAUGAGUUGGAUUGUGGAACUAAAAAGACCAAGAGGUAUUCAGACCCGGAAAAAUCUGAGCACGAUGAAAGCUAUGGUAUUCCAGAAGACAGGUCAUGGAGGAGAGGCUCCUCUGACCUGGAAUGUUCUGAUUAUGGACACACAGUCUCCUCUGAGCUCAGUGAAAGUCCUCAGGAACUAUAUAUGGACCUCCAUCAUGCUGCAGAAGAAGAAGAGAGGGAGCAAAAAUCUUUUCCCCCAAAGGGGACUAAAAGCCACCAAUUUCAGGACAGACAAGAGGCUACUCCUCAUAGGAACUUCAGUGACUCUCAAGAUAGGGCUAGUUCAGGUCGGAGCAAAGAGCCUAAAUCUUCUCACAAGGAGAGGCAGCGGCUAGAAACCAAGGGGAAGGAGAAGACACCUGUAUUUAGCCCAGAGAGAUUACCAAAGGCUUCUUCAUCCCAUGAAGCUUCCUUAACAAGCAGCAGCAAAGAGAAGCUGAAGGCCCUGGACAGCCUCAAACAAGACAAGAAAAAAGAUGGCAGCAGCAUCAAGAAGGAGAAGGCCCACUUUGACCUGGACGAUAGCUUGAACGAACAUAGGAAGAAGCAAAAAACUCACGACUCCGAAAGGGCCAAACCAAUAAAGAUGAAACUUAGCGUGGAAACCGUCUGUGGAGAUCGGGAGAAACCAAAACCUGUGGGUGAUUUGCCCAAUAAGAACAGGGAGAAGAAGACUCCCAGCAGCGUUAAAACCUCUGAGGGCAAAGCCAGAGGCUCUGAAUCAAACAAGAGACUGGCGGGCUUCUCACCUUCCAGAGAGGGAGAGGUGGAGGAUGAGUUUGAACAGCCCACCAUGUCCUUCGAGUCCUACUUGAGUUACGACCUGCCUCAGAAGAAGAAGAGAAAGAUGGCCAAGCCCACAACUCCAGUCCCAGAGAAAGAGAAAGGACCUGGCAGGCAGAACGGUUCCAAGUGCAGUGCCAAGAGCUCAGACCCGAGCCGGAAGGCUCCCAAGCCACCGAGCGAGAAGAAGCCGGAGGAGCCCCCUAAAGCAAAAAAAAUACAUAUUGAUGUGGUGCCGAUGCUUCCCGACAUCCCAUUGCCUCCAAUCCAGGCAAAUUAUCGUCCUCUCCCUUCAAUGGAGAUGAUCUCGUUCACCCAGCCAAAGAGAAAAGCACUCUCCUCCCCAACUCAAGAGGACGAGGCCGGUUUCACCGGACGUCGGUUGAAUUCCAAGAUGCAGGUGUACUCAGGUUCCAAGACGGCUUAUCUUCCGAAGAUGAUGACUCUCCAUGAGCAAUGCAUCCGGGUUCUCAGCAACAAUAUUGAUUCAAUCUACGAAGUGGGUGGUGUCCCAUAUUCUGUAAUCGAGCCUGUUUUGGAACGCUGCACGCCAGAACAGUUGUAUCGCAUUGAGGAGUACAAUCACGUUUUAACUGAAGACACCGAUCAGUUGUGGCACAAUCACUGCCAGCGUGAUUUCAAGAAAGAGAAGCCAGAUGAGUUUGAGAGCUGGAGAGAAAUGUACCUACGGCUGCAUGAUGCCCGAGAGCAGCGACUUCUGAUGCUAACGCAAAACAUCCGUUCAGCUCAUGCCAAUAAGCCCAAAGGUAAGAUAGCUAAGAUGGCCUUUGUCAACUCAACGGUCAAGCCACCCCGGGAGGUGAGGAGAAGACAAGAAAAAUUUGGAACUGGAGGAGCAGCUGUCCCAGAGAAGAUCAAAAUCAAACCUGUGUUCUUCACGCCAAUGAAAAGUAGCAGCGUUCACGCUGAAGAGGAACCGGCUUACGACAGGCCCAGCACCAGCAGCGGCCUCUCGGGGUCAUCCCUGGGCAGCACUUCAUCCGUGACCUAUGACCCGAGGAAGCCCCAGGUGAAGAAAAUUGCACCUAUGAUGGCAAAGACUAUCAAGGCUUUCAAAAACCGAUUUUCUCGAAGAUAAAGGCACUGUC